UGAGUUCCGGGGCAAACUUCUGACCCAGAGGUGGACACAGGAAGACAAGACCAGUAGCUGCAGAACUGAGAGACAUUUCCUGUGUAGAUACAACAAGAUGAGCUCAGAAAGUGAUGACAAGCGAGCCCGCACACGGUCCAAGACCCUCCGAGGACCCCCAGAGACCACAGGUGCAGACCUCAGUUGUCCUACCCCAGGAUGUACUGGUUCAGGACAUGUGCGGGGCAAGUACUCCAGACAUCGAAGCUUACAGAGUUGCCCUCUGGCCAAGAAGAGAAAACUGGAGGAUGCUGAGACUGAGCACCUGGUGUCCAAGAGGAAGUCACACCCUCUGAGGCUGGCUCUGGAUGAGGGCUACCGCAUGGACAGUGAUGGCAGCGAGGAUGCCGAAGUGAAGGACGCCUCUGUUUCAGAUGAAUCAGAAGAACCCCUGGAGGAGGCUGAGGCUGAGAUGUCAGGACAGGAGGAGAUUCAUCACCCACAGACAGCUGAAGGAAAAAGCCUGAUCAAGCCCCAUUUUGGCUCCAACCCCACAAGCAGCCCUUCUGGCUUCUCCAAGGGCAGCUACAGUAGCUAUCAGGGCAUCAUUGCAACUUCCCUCCUAAAUCUGGGCCAAAUUGCUGGAGAGACCCUUGUGCAGGAGGAUUCAGUCUCAGUAACUAAGUUGGGCCCCACUGUUGUUCAUCAGCUUCAGGAUGAGGCUGCAAUGGGGGCCAACAGUGAUGAGGGUGAAAAGGACCUCUUUAUACAGCCAGAAGAUGUGGAGGAGGUCAUUGAAGUCACCAGUGAACGCUCCCAGGAGCCAUGCCCUCAGUCUAUGAAGGAUAUGGUUAAUGAAGAGUCAAGCAAACAGAAAGGUGUCCUAGGUCAUGAGGAGGAGGAAGAGGAAGAGGAAGAAGAGGAGGAGGAGGAAGAGGAGGGAGAGGAAGGAGAGGAAGAAGAGGAAGAGGAGGAUGAAGAAGAAGAUGAGGAAGAUGAGGAGGAAGAUGAGGAGGAGGAGGAAGCAGCUCCAAAUGUCCUCUUUGGGGACGACACCACCCACACCUCUGUCCAGAAGGCUUCUUCUGAGUUCCGAGGCCCAGAGCUAUCCAGUCCUAAACCUGAGUACUCAGUCAUCGUGGAGGUCCGUUCUGAUGACGACAAGGAUGAGGAUUCACACUCCCAGAAGUCAGCAGUCACAGAUGAAUCAGAAAUGUAUGACAUGAUGACCCGUGGGAAUCUGGGCCUUCUGGAGCAGGCCAUUGCCCUAAAGGCUGAGCAGGUGCGAGCGGUCUGUGAGUCUGGCUGCCCACCUACUGAGCAGGGCCAUCUGGGCCCAGGAGAGCCAGGGAAAAUGGCGAAGCCCUUGGAUGUGGUGAGGAAGAGCUGCUACAACAAAGAUCCUUCCAGGGUGGAGAAGCGUGAAAUCAAGUGUCCGACACCUGGCUGUGAUGGCACUGGGCAUGUUACUGGGUUGUACCCUCAUCACCGCAGCCUGUCUGGCUGUCCCCACAAGGAUAGAAUUCCUCCAGAGAUCUUGGCCAUGCAUGAAAAUGUGCUGAAGUGCCCCACUCCCGGCUGCACGGGCCAAGGCCAUGUGAACAGCAACCGCAAUACCCACAGAAGUUUGUCUGGAUGUCCCAUUGCUGCUGCUGAAAAAUUAGCCAAAUCUCAUGAGAAGCAGCAGUUGCAGACAGGAGAUCCUCCCAAAAAUAACUCCAAUUCAGAUCGGAUCCUCAGGCCCAUGUGUUUUGUGAAGCAGCUCGAGGUUCCUCCUUAUGGGAGCUACCGACCCAAUGUGGCUCCCACCACACCCAGGGCCAACUUGGCCAAGGAGCUGGAGAAGUUCUCCAAAGUCACCUUUGACUACGCAAGUUUUGAUGCUCAGGUUUUUGGCAAACGUAUGCUUGCCCCAAAGAUUCAGACCAGCGAAACCUCACCCAAAGCCUUCCAAUGCUUCGAUUACUCUCAUGACGCUGAGGCUGCACACAUGGCUGCCACAGCCAUCCUGAACCUCUCCACUCGGUGUUGGGAGAUGCCAGAGAACCUCAGCACAAAGCCACAGGACCUCCCCAGCAAGACUGUGGACAUUGAGGUAGAUGAGAACGGAACUCUGGACCUGAGCAUGCACAAGCACCGAAAGCGAGAAAACACUUUUCCCAGCAGCAGCAGCUGCAGUAGCAGCCCUGGUGUCAAGUCUCCUGAUGUCUCUCAGCGUCAGAGCAGUACCAGCGCCCCCAGCAGCUCUAUGACCUCACCCCAGUCCAGCCAGGCCUCUCGCCAGGAUGAGUGGGACCGUCCUCUAGACUACACCAAACCUAGCCGACUCCGAGAGGAAGAGCCUGAGGAGUCGGAGCCAGCAGCACACUCUUUUGCUUCUUCUGAAGCAGAUGAUCAGGAGGUAUCAGAAGAGAACUUUGAAGAGCGAAAGUACCCAGGGGAAGUCACCCUAACCAACUUUAAGCUGAAGUUUCUUUCCAAGGACAUAAAGAAGGAGCUUCUCACCUGUCCCACCCCCGGCUGUGACGGUAGUGGCCAUAUCACCGGGAACUAUGCCUCCCAUCGCAGCCUCUCUGGUUGCCCUCUUGCUGACAAGAGCCUCAGAAACCUCAUGGCUGCCCACUCUGCUGACCUCAAGUGCCCCACACCUGGCUGUGAUGGCUCUGGCCACAUAACAGGGAACUAUGCUUCACACCGGAGUUUGUCAGGCUGCCCACGUGCCAAGAAGAGUGGACUCAAGGUGGCGCCUACCAAGGAUGACAAGGAGGACCCCGAGUUGAUGAAGUGCCCAGUUCCAGGAUGUGUGGGGCUCGGCCACAUCAGCGGCAAAUAUGCCUCUCACAGGAGUGCUUCUGGCUGCCCCUUGGCUGCUCGGAGGCAGAAAGAGGGAGCUCUCAAUGGUUCAUCUUUCUCAUGGAAGUCGCUGAAGAAUGAGGGCCCUACUUGCCCCACCCCAGGUUGCGACGGCUCUGGCCAUGCCAAUGGCAGUUUCCUCACUCACCGAAGUUUGUCCGGCUGUCCCAGAGCAACCUUUGCUGGAAAGAAAGGAAAACUCUCAGGGGAUGAGAUUCUCAACCCAAAGUUCAAGACAAGUGAUGUGCUAGAGAAUGACGAGGAGAUCAAGCAGCUAAAUCAGGAGAUACGAGACUUGAAUGAGUCCAACUUGGAAAUGGAGGCUGCCAUGGUGCAGCUGCAGUCUCAGAUCUCUUCCAUGGAGAAGAACCUGAAGAACAUCGAGGAGGAGAACAAGCUCAUUGAGGAGCAGAAUGAGGCCCUGUUUCUGGAAUUGUCUGGGCUUAGCCAGGCCCUCAUCCAAAGUCUUGCCAAUAUUCGCCUUCCACACCUGGAGCCAAUAUGUGAACAGAAUUUUGACGCCUAUGUGAACACCCUCACUGACAUGUACUCCAAUCAGGACUGCUACCAGAAUCCGGAGAACAAAGGCCUUCUGGAAACGAUCAAGCAAGCUGUGAGGGGCAUUCAGGUCUAGGCUGCACUGCACACAGGAGUCUCUGCUUGCUCCUCACAGUGAGGACCCUGACUUAUAGCCACUUCUAAUUGGAAGCCUGGGUGCAGCCUUGGGCAGCUUACCCAAAGGGGAGCCUGGAAAUCAGUGUCUCCUAUGAUGUCCCAUUAGGCCUAGGCAUGGAAGACCUCUCUAUGUGAGUGCCUGGGGACACUGAAGUAUUACAAAGCGAUUUAUUUUUGUUUUUUGUUUUGUUUUGUUUUAAAGAAGUCUGAAGAGCAGCUCAAAGUCUCCGGUGGAAACUCAUGGACAAGGUUCUCAGGGAAGUUUUGGAGUUUGCAGCCACAGUAUUCCAUUGUUUGUCAAGGUUGGGAGGGCAUCCAUGGACUUGAUGGGUGUUAGUCUCAGCAGGAGGGCACGCCUAGGUUUCUGGCUAUGCUCACUGAGGCCCACGUGGCAAGUAUGUUUUGUGUUUUCAUUUAAUUCAAUUUUGUGUUAAAGGUGCACAAUACUUUGCUUCAGAGGUGAAUCUAGGAACAGGCUUCCCAGAUGGCAGUCUACACAGUUGAUGAGCAUCAUAGAAAGCCAGCUGAAGGUUUUUUUUAUUCAGUUGGAGGCCCUGAAAAAUCAGCCACUUAUUUGGGCAGCAGAUGCCUUUAGGCUGUGCAGACCUGCUUUCUCCGGGCUCCAGUCUUUAACCCCUGGCCUGGGCUCUAAGUCCAAGACCACUGGGCCAAACCUCUGGUUCCUGUACCUCUAUCCGGGUGCUGGACCCAUCAUUGUGUCUUUUCCUGUGUAGGUUUGCUCCUUGUAUCCAAGGUGACCACGGUGGGGACGGUGAGACCAGAGGUAAAUUGUUACGGGAGACCACCAAGAUUUCACUUCUUUAUAGGUUCAUUUAAGAUGUGAAAAGGAUAAAUUUUAAUUUAAUGUGUUAAAAACACAAUGUUCUUACUGUGUAAAUAGAGUCCAAGUCAAUUGUGACUGCAAUUCCAAAUUAGUAUUUAAAAGUAGAGAAAUUGCACUUCCUGAAAGACACUGAAAGUAGUUAGUUUAUUCUGUAAAGUAUUUAAUUUUGUCAUGAUAUAAGUAUUUAUAUUCUUACCCUCUUAUGUUAAUGUUUGCUAUUUAUUAUUUUUAUUUAUUUAUUUUAUACUAUUUCAACUAGACUACACACUAGGGCACCAUAAGAGUUAAAUAAGUUAAAUUGAAACAAAAAACAUUUAUUUGACUAUAAGAUAGGCCACGAAGAAUUGAUAUAACCUCUAGUUAUAAUUUUGAUGCAACCGAGUUAUUUUUUAUAUAUUUUGUUAUUUAUUCUUUUAAUAAUGGAAUUUUUUAAAAAAGUAUUUUGUAACUGAGGAAUUUUGAUAAUUUGGGUUUUUCUUCCCAUUGGUCCACCAGAGAGAAAGGUGUUUGGUUUUCUUUUUCCCAUUGGGUUCCUUUUGUCAGGCCAAUAACAGCAAAUGGAAUUCUGUAUUUAUUAUUAUUUAAGUGUAGUGCAGAUGUGUGUGCUCUGGUGUUUCUUGUGUUGCAUUUGUGGAGGUUCUUAUGGAUGAUUCAUGUUGCUGUGAGGGAGUGCUGGCCAAGGUCAGUUCUAGGCAAUGGACUCACUGGCCAACCUGCCCAGGAUCUUGAUACCCCAAUACUGUGACCCUCCUUCCUCAGGAAACACGUUGGACCCACAGUACCUCGUGGUGUGUUUGGAGGGUGAUUUCUAAUAAAAGUCUCACUGUGCAUAGGUG